AUGUUCCGACUUCCAAAUGCGGGUUUUUAUGAAGAUGCUGUAUUUGAGGACCCUGCUAUAAUUUCUGCUGGCGAGGCUUCUGAUUCACAUGAAGAUGGUUUAUUAGUUGGCCAAAACAAUGCUGACAACAAUGAUUGUUUAGGGGAUGAUGUUGAUACUGCUGAUGGCACUCAAUUGCCUCUUGAUUCUGCUUCCACAGGAGAUCCCACAGUGAAAAAUGAACUGAUCACCUCUGCCAUGGUUGAUUUGCUAUCUACUGAAAACGCUUCAGGCGCCGAGUCUAGUGUAGAUGACCAGCAUUUUUUAUCUGUUGAGGAUAUAGAUGCAUUAUUGGACAAGUGCCUUUUGCAAGCUUUGCAUACAAUUGUAAAGGAUAAAGAUCUCCCCGUACCUGGAAGUGUGUUAUGGUCUGGUCAUGUGCUACCUUGCAGGCCUUCAGGUGUUACACUAGACAUAAAGAAGUCAUCUCACAAGAAACUAUCCAAGUGGCUACAAUCUAAAUCUGCUAGUGGACUGAUUUCUAUUAAAGAGGACAAACAUAAAAAGGAGGUGACACUGUUCUCGGUCAACCGCAAUCACCCAGAUUACACAUCUUUCAAGCCAGUGAAGAAAAUCGAAAAAAAAUGA